UCCGGUAGUUAAUUUUGGAUUAAAAUAUGCUGAAACUAUAUAAUAAGCAUUCUUACCCAACCCAUCUUCUUCAAAUAACUUCAAAAUGCAAAAAAAUACUGUCAAUUCAAACGAGUGGAUCGAUUGGAUUGAAGAUGCCAUUUCUAAAGAUCUUAUUAAAUACUAUGAUUUUAAAUACUUUCAUAACAUAAAAGAAAUCAGUUCCGGUGGUUUUGGAAAAGUCUAUCGUGCGAGUUGGAAAAAUUUGCGUAAAACUUUUACGUUGAGAACUUUUUAUAAUUUCAAUAAAAUAAUAGCUGAAGAAAUUGUUAAUGAGAUUACAUUACAACGUAAGGUCAAUUUUCACAAGAAUAUAAUUCAUUUAUACGGUAUUACAAAAGUGGGUAAUAAAAAUAAUCUAUCGAAAAGUUAUUCAUUGGUAAUGGAAUAUGCAGAAGAUGGAACUCUCAGAGAAUAUUUAAAAAAAAAUUAUUAUAAACUUACUUGGGAUAAUAAAUUUAAUUUGGCUUUUCAAUUAUCUUAUGUCGUAUCAUGCUUACAUGAUGAAGAAAUUGUACAUCAUGAUUUGCACUCAAACAAUAUAUUGAUUCAUCAAGAUACCCUCAAAUUAGCGGAUCUUGGCUUGACAAGAAGAAUUGAAAAAGUAUUCGGUCUUCAAUCAAAGUCAUUUGAAACGCUUCCUUACAUUGAUCCCAAGAGUUUUGAUAGACAAAGAAACGAAAAUAAUCAAAUACAAGUAUAUUCAUUAGAUGAAAAAAGUGAUGUUUACAGUAUUGGAGUAUUGUUAUGGGAAAUAUCUACUGGUCGUCCUCCUUUUUGUGAUGAUCAAUUUGAUCUUGACUUGAUUAAUGAAAUUUUAGAAGGUUGCAGAGAGAUACCAGUUUUAAAUGCGCCCAAAGAUUACGUAAAAAUUUAUUCUGAUUGUUGGAACGGUGAUCCAGAUAAACGUCCAACUAUAAAAGAGGUGAUUUCUAAUUUAAAAGAAUUUAAUAAUAAGAUGAUGAAUAUAUCAAUUUCACCACCUAAUUUUAACCUAAUUGUAGCUAAAAUAGUUGAUCAUUUUAGUAUGAUAUUAGAAACAAAAGAAAAUGAAAAACGAAAAAUUCUUGAUUAUCUUGAUGAACGUAAUAUAACUUCACAAGAAAUAUAUGAUUUCAUAUCAAAUAAUCAAGACGAUUCGAAUUCUAUUGUUUUACUUGGAACAUUUUUAUAUUUAGGAAUUGGAACAAAUGUUAAUAAAUCAAAAGCACUUGAGUUAUAUCAAAAAGCUGCAGAUUUAGGAAAUAUAUCUGGACUAAAUAAUUUAGGACAAUUUUAUCAGUAUGGAAUUGGAACUAAGAUUAAUAGAAAAAAGGCAUUUGAAUUAUAUCAAGAAGCUGCAAAUUUAGGAAGUACAACUGGUAUAAAUAAUUUAGGAUGUUGUUAUGAAGCUGGAAUUGGAAUAAGAAUUAAUAAAAACAAGGCAUUUGAGUUAUAUCAGAAAGCAGCAAAUUUAGGAAAUAUGUCUGGAAUGAAUGAUUUAGGCCGUUGUUAUCUAUGUGGAAUCGGAACUAAUGUUGACGAAAAAGAGGCAUUUACAUUAUAUAAAAGAGCCGCAGAAUUAGGAAAUUGGAUAGCCCAAUAUAAUCUUGCUUCUAUGUAUGAAGAAGGAAAAGGAACUGUGAAAAAUGUGGAUAAAGCAAUUUAUUGGUAUAAAAAAGCUGCAUUACAAGGAGAUCAAGAAUCUAAAAACGAAUUAAACAAAUUAGAACUUUUAGGAUAAGUAAUCAAAUUUGUAUAAAAUUUGUUAUAUUACAAGUAAAAUUUUUUCUCUUCAUAUGUAAUUUUCCGAAUUAAUCCAAAUAUAUUGGUUAACAAGCUUAUAAAUAAAAAUAAUCU